AUGGCGGUCCCCAAAAGAACUCACCAGUGGGAGGAGGGAGUUCGUAUGGUGGAAGGACAUUGCAGGAGGAAAAGGUCCCAGGCACCAAAGGAAGCUCCAAUCCUAUUACUGCCGCUAAAGAAGAUGAAGACUUUGUUAUUUUUCUUCAUCUUGGCAACAGCAGAGGCCAUUCCGGUUUCUCAGAUCAGACCCCAAGAGAGAUAUGAUUUUGAUAGAUCAAAGGAUUUAAAUUGUCCAGGAAAAUCAGAAGUGACCAAACAGGAUCAGAUAAUUGUCGAUGGCAUUGUCAAAGAAAAUAAUAAAACAAAUGAAGAGCUCCCAUAUCAAGAUGAGAAGCGUGCACAACUAUAUCAAAAUGGCAGUAGCAAAGGAGAAAGUGAUAUUGCUGAGAAUGCAAAGAUAGGAGAAAAGGAAUCUUAUUCCAGUCUUAUAUUAGCCAAAGGAGAGAGUGAUAUUGGAGAUGGGCAUGGGAAAAUACUGAAUCCAGAAACAUUAGCAAGAGAUAGGAAUGGAGAAAACAGCACGGCAAAUGUUUUUGAAGACAUCGUUUACCAGGCAGGAAAUGUAAUGAAUAAUAAUAAUGAAACCACUAGUGGAAAUGUCAAUGAAGGGAAUGUUACCAACACAAACCAAACUGAAACACUCAGUGUUCAGCAAGAGAAUGUAAACAAGAAUAGAAGCAAUGAAGAUGAAGGGAAUGGAAACAUUGAUCAAAAUGAGGGUGGUCUAGAUGAAGAGCCUCCUUACAGAGGAGAUGGAAAUGGGAGUAAUCAAACUGAGGCUCCAACAGAAAAAAGUGAAGUAACAAAUGGCAAUGGAGGAGAUGAAAGCUGGAAUGAUAUUGAUGGUGGUGCUAGUGGCAAUGGAGCUGAUACCUUCGAAGGCAAUGGUUCUGGUGAUGAUGAGGGAGAAAAAGCAGAGGACAGAAAUGAAAGCACUGUUGAUAAUAGGGAUUCAAGCUUUCCUAGUAAUGAGGUUGAAGAAAAUGGAGAUGAAGAAGAUGGUGAUAAUAGCUUAAGCAAAAAUUCAAGUAAUGCCAAUGGAGAUGAUGACACUGGAGACAAAGAUGAUUUCCUCAAUGGAGAAACUACUUCAAAGAGUGAUGAAGAUCAUGAUAAUGCAGUAGAAGCUACCAUGGAGCUGACUUUAUCCCUUAAAGGUGGUAAAAAUGAAUUAAAUGAAGAAUCAGGUUCCAAUGACAUUGGCAGAGACCAAGAAAAGCAGGUAGAAAACAACUCGCCCAACAACACCAAUGGUAUGGAAACUACUAAAGAAGCUGAGAAAGUAAAUGAUGCUCUUAGAAGUAAAGGAGAUGACAUUAUUUCUGAUAAAGGAUCCCGCGAUGUGGCAGGGAAGGUUGGCAAUGAACCUGUUGGAAACAACCCGAAAACAAAACUUCUUGGCAAAGCUGGACCCAGCAACACUGGCAGCGAAAGCAAUAGUGAUGGAUAUGAUGAGAGCUAUGAUUUUGACAACGAAUCUAUGCAAGGAGAUGACCCUAAUAGCAGUAAUGAUGAUGCAAAGUCGGAAAGUGAGGAUAUCAGUAAUAGUGAGGGCAAUGAUUCUAAUGAACCUGAUGAAUCAAAUGGUGGUAGCAAUGGUAGUGACUCACCAGAAGGAGGAGAUGAGGAUAGUGAUAGUGUAUCAGACACUGAUGAUGAUGAUAGUGACAGCUCUCAUAAUGGCAGUGAUGAUGGCGACAACAGUGAUGGAAAAGUAGCAAAUGGCAGUAGUGAUAGUGACAGCAAUGACAGUGACAGUAAAUCUGAUAGUGAUAGUGGUGAUAGUGACAGCAAAUCUGACAGCAGUGACAGCAGUGACAGCAGUGAUAGCAGUGACAGCAGUGAUAGUGACAGCAGUGACAGCAGUGACAGCAGUGAUAGCAGUGACAGCAGUGACAGCAGUGAUAGCAGUGACAGCAGUGACAGCAGUGAUAGCAGUGAUAGCAGUGACAGCAGUGAUAGCAGUGACAGCAGUGAUAGCAGUGACAGAAGUGAUAGUGAUAGCAAAUCUGAUAGCAGUGACAGCAGUGACAGCAGUGACAGCAGUGAUAGCAGCGAUAGUGAUAGCAAAUCUGAUAGCAGUGACAGCAGUGACAGCAGUGACAGCAGUGACAGCAGUGACAGCAGUGAUAGCAGCGAUAGUGAUAGCAAAUCUGAUAGCAGUGACAGCAGUGACAGCAGUGACAGCAGUGAUAGCAGUGACAGUGGUGACAACAGUGAUAGUGAUAGCAAAUCUGAUAGUAGUGACAGUAGCAAUAGCAGUGACAGUAGUGAUAGCGAUGGUAAAUCUGAUAGCAGUGAUAGCAGUGACAGCGGUGAUAGCAAUGGCAAAUCUGAUAGCAGUGACAGCAGUGACAGUAGUGAUAGUAGUGACAGCAGUGACAGUAGUGAUAGCAGUGACAGCAGUGAUAGCAGUGACAGUGGUGACAACAGUGAUAGUGAUAGCAAAUCUGACAGCAAUGACAGCAGUGAUAGCAGUGACAGUGGUGACAACAGUGAUAGUGAUAGCAAAUCUGAUAGCAAUGACAGCAGUGAUAGCAGUGACAGUAGUGAUAGUGAUAGCAAAUCCAAUGGCAAUGACAGCAGUGAUAGCAGUGACAGUAGUGAUAGUGAUAGCAAAUCUGAUAGCAAUGACAGCAGUGAUAGCAGUGACAGUAGUGAUAGUGAUAGCAAAUCCAAUGGCAAUGACAGCAGUGAUAGCAGUGACAGUAGUGAUAGUGAUAGCAAAUCUGAUAGCAGUGAUAGCAGUGAUAGCAGUGAUAGUAGUGAGAGCAGUGAGAGCAGUGAUAGUAGUGACAGUAGUGAUAGUAGUGAUAGUAGUGACAGCAGUGACAGCAGUGAUAGCAGUGACAGCAGUGAUAGUAGUGACAGCAGUGAUAGCAGUGACAGCAGUGAUAGUAGUGAUAGUAGUGACAGCGGUGACAGUAGUGAUAGUGAUAGCAAAUCUGAUGAUAGCAGUGACAGCAGUGAUAGUAGUGACAGCAGUGAUAGCAGUGACAGCAGUGAUAGUAGUGAUAGUAGUGACAGCAGUGACAGUAGUGAUAGUGAUAGCAAAUCUGAUGAUAGCAGUGACAGCAGUGAUAGUAGUGACAGCAGUGAUAGCAGUGACAGCAGUGAUAGUAGUGAUAGUAGUGACAGCGGUGACAGUAGUGAUAGUGAUAGCAAAUCUGAUGAUAGCAGUGAUAGCAGUGACAGUAGUGAUAGCAGUGACAGCAGUGAUAGCGAUACCGAAUCUGAUGAUAGCAGUGACAGCAGUGACAGCAGUGAUACUAACAAUAAUGGAGGCAACCAUCAAGGCAAGACUAAAAACCAUACUAACAAUGGAAACAACAGUGACAGUGACAGUGAUAGUGACAGUAUCAGCGAAGGCAGUGAUAGUAACCACCUAACAAGUGAUGAUUAG